AUCAUUCCCGAUACCAGCAGUUCCCUUUCCUGGCGGUUGGAUGCUGCUCUUAUUCCCGGCCCAUCGCUCCCUCUCUGCUCCGGUACAAAGCGGCACAUUGAGCUGCAGUGACACCGAGCAGCAGGCGUCCCCCGGCUCUCCGCACAGUGUCUCCCCGCUGGCCGCUGACGGGCUGCGGGACAGAAUGAGGACCGGCCUCGGUGUCAUCCCGCAGCCCUGCCCGCUCCGGGCUUUCUCUACUCAAUACGUUAGCUAGCGAACAUAAUCUGUUCUGAGCCAUCGAGUUGUUACUGCAUACUGACGGAUUUCCUGAACAGCAGACUGAGGGUUCGGACCCGAUUCAUGCGAGGGACCUGCGGCAGGGAUCGACAGGCUCUCGGACACCGGGAGCAGCAGAGGCUCCACAGGGCGUCUGCUGCCGGCAGCUCCAACAGAACAUCAGCUUACUCAUGCCACAAUAGGAUCCUACCACCGGCAGUAUUUAUAUUCAUUAAUGUUAAUUAUACUGGAUAAAGGAGCAGCCCUCACUGGAUCACCACCCUGUGCUGCCUCUCACUGUGGAUUUACCGUCGACCGGCACGAGCUGUGGAAAAACGGAGACAUGACAUGCACGAGAAAAAAGAGGAAACAGCUUUGUGUUCUUUAAGCACUUUGAUUUAUAAAGGGAGUCCUCAACAGGCUUCCCUUAACACCCUUUAGGAAGAUCUGGACCGUUGACACAGCUGUCAGCUCAGCAGGUGAUUUACCUCUGUGUAUGAUGUGUGGAGCAGCCUAACGGUUCAUGUGGACUGCAUCGUGGACUGCAUCACGGCCUGCCCGCCACAGAGUGGAGGACCAGCGGCCCAGCAGGCGCCUGGAGUGGAUCAGGAGGUGCGAGGAUAACAUACACCGUCAAAGGGAUCCUGCUUGAAAUGGGGCAAUGUGGAUUGAGGUGUUCCUUGUGAACCGCGGAAAAAGAGCAACCACGAGGACGCAGGAACCAUUAGUAGAAGGAGGAGGCCGUGUGGGAGCGGCGGCUUUGGUGUGUGUAGAAAAGCUGGUAUGGGUGGAGGGGCAAUCGCGAUGGCGAAUGGGAACGAGAGCAGUGAAGGGCCUGCUGGGCCAAUAGCAGUGGUGGCUACCGCAGGAGGCAUGGUAGCAGAAAGCCCCUCCUCGGCUGUAUCUACCUAUAUUAAACUGGUGCUGCUCGGGCUGAUCAUCUGCAUCAGCCUGUUGGGCAACCUGGUGGUGUCUCUGCUCGUCCUGCGGGACCGGGCCCUGCACAAAGCACCUUACUACUUCCUGCUGGACCUGUGCCUGGCAGACACCAUUCGCUCUGCCAUCUGCUUCCCCUUUGUGCUGGUGUCUAUAAAGAACGGCUCGGCCUGGACCUACAGCGUGCUGAGCUGCAAGGUGGUGGCCUUCAUGGCGGUGCUCUUCUGCUUCCAUGCCGCAUUCAUGCUGUUCUGCAUCAGUGUAACACGCUACAUGGCCAUUGCACACCACCGCUUUUAUUCGAAACGCAUGACAUUCUGGACUUGUGUGGCAGUGGUGUGCAUGGUGUGGACACUGUCCGUGGCAAUGGCGUUCCCACCAGUUUUUGAUGUGGGCACAUACAAAUUUAUUCGCGAGGAGGACCAGUGCAUAUUUGAGCAUCGCUACUUUAAGGCUAACGAUACACUAGGUUUCAUGCUAAUGCUGGCUGUGCUCAUUCUAGCCACACAUGUUGUCUACAUGAAGUUGCUCCUCUUUGAAUAUAAGCACCGCAAGAUGAAGCCGGUCCAGAUGGUGCCAGCCAUCAGUCAGAACUGGACAUUCCAUGGGCCGGGGGCUACUGGCCAAGCCGCAGCCAACUGGAUUGCAGGCUUUGGGAGGGGGCCGAUGCCGCCGACCCUGCUGGGUAUCCGACAGAACUUGCACAACCAGAACCGGCGCCUGCUGGGCAUGGAUGAAUUCAAAGUGGAGAAGCAACUUGGAAGGAUGUUCUAUGUGAUCACCCUGCUGUUCCUGGUGCUCUGGUCUCCAUACAUAGUGGCUUGCUAUUGGCGGGUGUUUGUGAAGGCCUGUACAAUACCACACCGGUACCUCUCCACCACAGUGUGGAUGAGUUUCGCUCAAGCCGGGGUCAACCCUAUUGUCUGUUUCUUCCUCAACAAAGACUUGAAGAAAGGGCUCCUUUCCCACCUACCAGCUUGCUGCAGGACUAAACCUCAUUUGCCACGAGAGCCUUAUUGUGUCAUGUGAUCAGAGAGGAUGAUCUAAACAGAGAGGAAACACGGGGCAGCCAACAGUGUUGAGUGUUUGCUUGAACUGUUGCCGCAUUUCAAUACAAUAGAAGCUAUUUUUAAGCAGUGGUUGCAAACUAGUAAGUGUGAUGAUAACACUGGAAUGGUUAGCAUGUAUUUCAUUCGUCCAACCCUUUUUUCUCUCAAAACCACCUCAUACAUGGAGUCAGACUUUGACUUUUGAUAAUAAGAAACACAGUACUUUAAUAAGAAAACAUGCAAGUGAUAAUGCAGUCAUUAUGGAAACCAAGCCAGACAAACACCCAACAAAUUACUCAAGCUGCUUCAAAAAGAAUAGCAAAUUAGAAACAUCUAGGGUUGAUUCAAAGGAUAGGAAGAUUCCUACGGGGGACAAAGAUAAUACAAAAUAAAUGUUUGUACUUCAAUUAAAAUGUCACUUACGUGCUGGAUUAGUAAGCAAAGCCUUUUGUAUAGUGACAGUGAAGAGGAACAGUUCAUAUCAGCAACAUUAUGUCACAUUCUGGCCAGAAAAUAGUCAUUUAAGGAAAAUAAAAUAAUUUCAAAGUAGGGGGAUCACUGCAUUCCUGGAGUCCGCAGAGGCAGCCUCACGGAGUCAGAGGGCGGAGAGAUGGGUUAACCUGAUCUCACCAUUGUAAUGAAUUAUUAAUACUUCUAUGAAAGCUCUUUACUGAACAGGAAACUGAGGCAAACACAUGAGUGACAGGAACACCAGCUCUAAGACCAGGAUAAUGUGUUUACUUCCUUACUGAUUAAGACAGAAGUUAUCCAUGCUAUGACUUAUCAAGGUGUCACUAAUUGAAUUAACAAACACAAACUAAGGUGACUGACAUCUUCCUUCUGAUACACAUUAUUAUUAUUUAGAUCUGUGCAUGACUUUGAGUCAAGAGAGAGAAAGUGAUCAUCUGCAAACAUUAACAGCAGCUUGUUAAAGUGUUAGCACCGCGCCCAGCUGCAUAAAAGGCUUCUCUUAGCCCAGAGCAGAUUUUUGUUAUAAACAACACAGUACCUUUGGUGUCCGGUAGACAGGGCCAUGCUGAGAGCGCUGGUGUCCAGCAGCAGUCCCUCGGCUCUGAUGUCUUAAUACGCCUAGUUUAUCAGAACAGCUUGUUUCUGAAGCAUGGGAUUCACCUGUGAAUGUAUGUAAAUGUCUGUAUUGUGGACCAUUGAAUUGAAAUUCAUUUUUAUUUCAUAAUAUUUCAUGAUAACUUUGUGUUCAUGUACAUGGCAAAGCUUUUUUUCUUGUUUGUCUCUGUCACUUCUCCUCUGAAGGAGUGCUUAAGCGGUUAUUCGCCACUCAGUCCUAAUAUCAGAAGAGUACGGCCAUGUCUUCAUUACCAUGCUGGUCCGGCAACAUAUUAUGUAUGCUGAUAGACAGUUACUGUCUACAGUGUGUAGACAGUUUUCUAAGCCCAUCAAAUUAACGUGUGAAGUUCCAAAACACUAAAUGCAAAAGAUUCAGGAACAAUUAUUAUUGUUAUUAUUAUCAGUCAGAGAAAAAGGAGCUGCACUGGGAGGAGGAGAGAUGACAGACAGCAGGAAUACACUGACAGGUGAGCCUGAUUUCUUUAUGAUACCCCUUGAGGACACAUCCUUUACACCUGUCACACCUGAGAGCAGCUCAAUGAAGUCCUGAGCUGUAGCUAGGCUCUGGUCCCUGCAUAGCUCUCAUCAUGUUCUGUUUAAAAUACAGUAGAUAUCAGAGACAUGAGCUCUAGGCAACAGCAAGAAAGGGGUGGGGGCCCUAAACACUAUAUGGACUCUCCCUGUUCACAUAUAGUCUAGCCAAUAUUCAUCUUUUGGCAUUACAGCAGGCUCUAUCACACACAUUGGUUUUGCUGCUUCACCCAUUCAGAGCAGCCAACAAUGGGUGCUGCACAUCCAGCUAGGACUGAUUAUGGGAAGGCACUCAAUCCAAAUUCUGAAUCCUAUAAAUGUCAUAUACUUACUUUUUAGAAUCAACAUUAUGAAAUGAAGUCUGAAUUUAUAGUUACUUUAUACAAAUUAAGUAAAACACCAAACAAUAGAAACUUUGAUUACACACGUGAGGACAGAGAUCCACGGACCUGAGGUAAAAAACCACUAGAAAGAACGCAGGUCAACUAAAGUGACCUUUGAAAUGUGGUUCUUUGGUAACACUAAAAACCACACCGCUCACAGCCAACAUACAGCACAAUAUGUUGUAUUAGCUCCUAAGACUACAAGAUGCAUCUGAAUCAACAUCCGCCUGGUUUUGUUUGAUGGCACAGUGGGGCCAAAGCCUCAUUAAGCAUACAUCUUCAUCACUUCACACAGGACUGAAGUUAGAGGGUGCAGUAGAAGAGACAUCUGCUUUAUUUGAGUACAAAUCUAAAAAUGGAUAAAUGUGCUUUUUUCCUGUUUCUUUCUGAAAUGAACUGUAAGAUGGGUAGAAAUGGAAGGGGAGGACAGGGCACAGAGAAUGUCCUUUGUCAGUGAAUGUCUGAAAACAUGACAUUGUCCUUAAGAUUGAGGGAAUAUUGUAUUAGGGGUUUGAGGUGCCCCUUGUUCUCUGCCGUGGCAUAUCUUACAGCCCCAACAACAGCAUGCUGCAGAGAAACGCAUAUCUUCCUUUUAUCUUUUCUGAAUUAUGGCCUUACUCCAUUAAAAAAACGUCACACCAAUGGAACAAAGAGUAGACAAACGUGUCUCCUCUGUCUGCACUACAAUCAGGAGGGGGCAGAACACUGUGUACACCGGAGACAUCAGGAGACUCGUUGCUCUCCCCAUCAGACCUGGCCCGUCAGGGACCAGGACCAUGACGGCGCGGGGGGGGUAGACUGAUGAUCUGAGUGACCCUACUCUGGAUUUCUGUGGGAUUUUGUUGAAUGAAGUAAAAACAUUGAGUCUGUCUAUUUUCCUUUCUGAGACUAAGCUUUUUGAGUUGCCUCAGGCAGAUUGUCUUUUGUAAAUGUACAGUGACCUCUGUAUUGUUAGUGUGUAUUAUAAUGACAGCUAAUCAACUCUGAAAUGCAACAGAACAGUUCCCGAUCACCAGAUUUGUACUGUGUGUGUGUUUGUGUGUUUCUAUUGGCAGGAAUGAUUGUGUGUGUAAGAUGAUGGUUACAUGAAUGGAAGAAGAACUAAGAGGGAACACUGACCAGAUACAUUUUGCAUUUCAAUGACAUCAUUCCUGCUAAAGCUUCUUUAGUAUUCUUCAUGUGGGCCUUCUCCAAGGGAUCCGCUUUUGUUUUAAAAGCAAUGAAGUUGACUUUGAGUCCCUUAUGUCAUAAAUCAAUUAUUAACUUAAUAUCAUUUUUUGUAUAUAUUUAGAGAUAAUGAAGGAAAAAAAACUUGAUAUAAAUCACAUAAAUGUGACAGGCUAAAUGUGAUUGCAUACACUGGUCUAUUUCUGAAUGUUUCAUUGAGUGAAUUAAAAGAAAGCAUCUUAAACCACCAAUAAUAUUGAACAACCAAGAACUGUACAAACCCCUGGCAGUUUCUCUAUGACAUCAAAUCAGCACUAACAAAGUGUUCUUUUCUUUAAAGGUAACACAGAAGGUUCUGCUUGGUCACCGCCAUCAGUACUGCUAAUGGUGAGAUGUGCUAACACAGUGACCUCCAGAGGUGGGAGAAGAACUCAAAUCUUGUACCUGAGUAAAAGUAGAUGUACCAGAGUGUAGGAAUACUCUGUUACAAGGAAAAGUCCUGCAUUCAAAAUCUUACUCAAGUAAAAGCACAAAGGUAUAAGCAUCAAAAGUACUUAUUCUGCAGAUUGGUCCAUUUCAGAAUAAUAUAUAUGAUGUGUUUUAUAAUGAUUGAUCAUGAAAGUGUUCUCAAAGCUGGUGAAGGUGCAGCUAGUUUGAAUGACUUUGUAUACUGCAGGGUAGCUGGUGGAUUUACUCCAGGUGGAACUAAAGUCUGAUUCAACACUUGAUUAUAUUUCACAUCAUUCAUCCACAUCUGUGAAGUAACUAAAGGUAUUAAAUACAUGUAGUGGAGGAAAAGUACACCAUUUACCUCUGAACUGUAGUGGAGUAGAAGUACACAGUAGCAUAACAUGAAAAUAGUAAAGUACAAGUAUCUCAAAAUUGUACUUAAGAACAGUAUGAGUAAAUGUACUUAGUUACUUCCCACCUCUGGUAACUCUUGGCAGCUUGGAAACUGACAGGUUUUUGGCAGGCGGACAGUAAGACUGACAGGUUGAACACAGCCUGGCUGUUUCCUCCAUCAUGACUGGGAACACCUGCAUCAGUCUGACCUCCAGAUAAAGUAGUUUGGAUAAACUGUUGCAUUGUCCUGUGUGAUCAUCUGACAGCCUUUGUGUUAUUGUCACACUUUGGUUCGGAGCAUGUCGCCCCUCAACAAAAACCAAUAUAAAUGAUUGACAAAAAAGGCAUACAAAAAAAAACACAAGUAAACAAUUCUUCAAUGGUUCUAUUUUGUCUCAAAGAUUGCUCCUGGUCAUGUCAGAAGGGUGCAAAGUGUUACCAGAGGCUAGCAGUGCAGCUAGCUGAAGCAGAGGCCAAGGCAGCGUUUGUUUAAAGAAGUCCAGAAAAGUUGAACCCAGUUGUUCCAUUUAAAACAGAAUUUGGUGUGAAUGCUGUCAUGAAUGUGGAUGUGCCUGGGCCACAGCAGUCAGUGAGUCAGAUUCACAUUGGAAGUCAGUGUUUGGUUGUUCUGCUGUGUAACUGUUUAAACCCGCACAGCAACGGAAACACACCAACAGGAAUCACAGCUGCUUUAUACAGCGUUUCUGUGGGGAAAACUCCCAAUGUUGCCCUGUCUUAGAAAGGGUGCCAGUUCAUGAAUUAUUUGGAAAAAGUUUAAUUUAAACCUUAGGGUAUACCAUUAAAUGUCAAAGGUUAAAAGAAGAAUGUAAUCUCAGUGAAUCCGGAAGGCAAACACCUGACAUAAAGCAAAAGGUUUGAAGGAUGUACGAGGGGUUUCCUCUGACUCAGCAUCAUGGACUGCAGGUCCUUUUUUCUUUUUAAAUGGUUGAGCUAUAACGCAUGUCUCUGGAAA